CGUGUUAACAGAAUCCAUUACAACAUAAAUACCCCCAGUGAUAAAUAAAUCUAACUGUAUACCUGCACGUCAAAAUGGAUGAUGACCGUAGAAACAAGGUCAACCAGGUUUCGGAUGACUACCGAUAUCAAGAUGGCAGCUACGAAGGCUAUGCUCCCAAUGAUGGUUAUUAUCAAAGAGGGGAAGAGCAUGGGCAAGACGAAGAUGCUCAGAGUGAUGCCACCGAAGGCCACGAUGAAGAUGAUGAAGUUUACGAAGGAGAGUACCAGGGCAUCCCUCACCCGGACGACAUCAAGGCCAAAAAGAAGAAGAAAUCCCCGGGGGUGCCUGAUGAGUUUAGGGACCACACUGAACUUAUGGCGGAAAAGAUGGAAGACGAGGAGCAGCUGGCUCACCAGUACGAGAACAUCAUUGAGGAGUGUAGCCACGGGCGUUUCCAGUGGAUGCUCUUCAUCGUCCUUGGCUUGGCGCUGAUGGCAGAUGGGGUGGAAGUGUUUGUGGUUGGAUUUGUCCUGCCCAGUGCUGAAAAGGACAUGUGCUUGUCAAGCUCCAACAAAGGGAUGCUAGGGCUGAUUGUCUACAUGGGCAUGAUGGUGGGGGCCAUUUUGUGGGGUGGCCUGGCGGACAAACUGGGCCGGAAGCAAUGCCUCAUCAUAUCGCUCUCCAUCAACGCUGCCUUCUCGUUCCUCUCCUCCUUUGUUCAGGGCUAUGGAUUCUUUCUCUUCUGCCGCCUUAUCUCAGGUUUCGGUAUCGGAGGAUCUCUCCCCAUUGUCUUUGCCUAUUUCUCUGAAUUCCUCUCCCGUGAGAAGAGAGGGGAACACCUGAGCUGGCUCUGCAUGUUCUGGAUGAUUGGUGGCCUUUACGCCUCUAUCAUGGCCUGGAGCAUCAUCCCACAUUACGGAUGGGGAUUCAGCAUGGGCACCAGCUACCACUUCCACAGCUGGAGGGUCUUUGUGGUGAUCUGCUCUCUGCCUUGCAUUGCGUCUCUUGUGUCCCUAAAGUUCAUGCCAGAGAGCCCACGGUUUUUGCUGGAGAUAGGGAAACAUGAUGAAGCCUGGAUGAUCCUCAAGCAAAUCCAUGACACCAAUAUGAGGGCUAAAGGGGAGCCAGAGAGAGUGUUUACGGUGGCCAACAUAAAAACUCCAAAGCAGAUAGACGAGUUCAUUGAAAUACAGAGCUCAACGGGGACAUGGUACCAGCGUUUUUUUGUCAGAGCCACGACCACCUUCAAACAGGUGAUAGACAAUGUGGUGUAUUGCUUGACAGCCCAGUACAGGAUGAACACACUGUUCCUGGCUAUUGUGUGGUUUUCAAUGGCCUUAAGUUAUUAUGGCCUUAUCGUCUGGUUUCCCGACAUGAUCCGCUAUUACCAAGAGGAAGAGUACAAGUCUCGUGUGAAAAUCUUCGACCAGGAAUUGGUCAAGGAUAUCACCUUCAACUUCACCCUGGAAAAUCAGAUCCACAGGAAUGGGACGUAUUACAAUGACAAGUUCAUUAAAAUGAGAUUCAGGGAUGUGACUUUCGAAGACUCUGUGUUUGAGGAAUGCUACUUCGAAGAUGUAACGUCUAGCGAGACCUUCUUCAAAAACUGCACCAUUAUAAAAACCUUCUUCUACAACACAGACCUCUACAAGCAUAAGUUCAUUGACUGCAGAUGGGAGAACUCCACCUCCUUGGAAGAGAAGAAGGGAUGCCAUCUGGAUUUUGAGCGAGACAACGAUUUCCUCAUUUACCUGGUCAGCUUCUUGGGUAGCCUCUCAGUGUUGCCUGGCAACAUCGUCUCUGCCCUUCUGAUGGACAAAGUAGGAAGGAUCAAGAUGAUUGGGGGUUCCAUGCUGAUCUCUGCUGUGUGCUGCUUCUUCCUGUUCUUUGGCAACAGUGAGUCAGCAAUGAUUGGCUGGCAAUGCCUCUUUUGUGGUACCAGCAUUGCUGCCUGGAAUGCCCUGGAUGUGAUCACUGUGGAGCUUUACCCAACCCAUAAAAGAGCCACGGCCUUUGGCAUUCUCAAUGGGAUCUGCAAAUUUGGGGCCAUCUUGGGGAACUCUAUCUUUGCCUCCUUCGUCGGGAUAACCAAAGUGAUCCCUAUCCUCUUGGCUUCCUCCGCUUUGGUCGGCGGAGGCCUCCUUGCCCUGCGGCUGCCCGAGACCCGAGACCAAGUCCUGAUGUGAGCUGCUACAGGGAGGAACGAAACGUCAACCAACAGCAAGGAGCCCAUGUUUAGAAGGAAAGCAAAACGUCCGCCAAAAUGUCUCUGCCCCUACCUCAGAUUUUGGGGGAGGGAGCGGCAGGGGAAGGGGGCGCCCCACUGAGAUAAUCUUAAAACCUUAGUUCUAGGAACUUUGUGCAGGGGUGAUGGAGCCCAUGUGACCAGGCUACACACAUAUACACCUGAGCUUUGCUCAUUGCUUCAAGGCUGUCACUCUGGGGGUGGGGUGGGGGGUGAAGUCCCAUCUUCCUGCUGAAUGUGUGUGAAUAUUUCAGACACCAAGAAGCAGCUGUUUUGUGAUCAUGCAUGUAUAUGUAGGUAUGUGCAUCGUAGGGAGUGGAGAAGUGACCCUCUUGGAGCGCGGCUGAAUGGCUUCACGUCUACCUUUAUAUAGCUUUCUAGGCAACUGUCAACAGGGAAUUAAAUUAAAUUAAAUGUCACUCCAAGCUCCUUUGCCAAUGGCAGCAAGACCUCAAGAAAGCUCACAAACCAACCGUGUAUUCAGGGGUAAGGCUUUUGGAAAGCUAGCGACCACUGGCUAAACUUUUGGUGGGCUUGCAUUUUGAGGACCUAAACUGAAGCGCCCAACACAGCCUAUUUUCACAGGCCUAGCCUCUUCUCCAGA